UCGACGCGAACAACGAUAUUAUUUUCAUCGCACCGCCGCGAUAUUCUGCUCCAGCAGUCGGCGGCUCUCCAGUGUGUCGCGCUACCGCUGUGGACCAGGAAGUGUGAUAUAAUACACACGCGCGCUCGCACUCGCACACACACAGACCGUCGCUACAGGCAUAUCCACGGCACGCGGCAUCAUCAGGCCGACCGGCGACCAGAUCGCGACGGCCACGACCAUGAUGACCGGGUCGGACGACAACAACGGCGAUUCUGACAAUGCCGGCGCCGGGGUGAGCGACGACGGCGACGGAUGGGUCGUCCGUCGCCGCGACAAGCUCUCCGCCGGGGCGUUGCUGACCUCCGCGGCCGCGACGCUGCUGUGGUGUGCCAUGUUCGCCGCUUUCGUGCCGCAGCCGCGCGUCGUGGCCGGCGCCCAGCUGUACACCAACACGUUCUCGGUGAGGCUGCACGGCGACGUCCGCGACGGUAACGGGCACGUAGACGAGGCGGUGGCCCACAGGGUCGCUAAGAGGGCUGGCAGCGGAUUCGAAAACAUCGGCAAGAUUCGUGGUACUAAGGACGAAUUCCAAUUCGUGCAUCAUGGAUUACCAAAAAUACGUGGCCGCCGUUCUAUACCUUCAGUUCUACUUUUAAAGAAGGAUCCAUCUGUUAAGUCUGUUCAUCAACAACCAGGAUUUAAGAGAGUGAAACGUGGAUACAAACCAUUUAUUCCACCCUUAUACUUGAGUAGAGAAGAAUUUAUUGCAAGUCAAUAUAGAGAAUAUGCUGGUAAACCAAUUGAAAUUGAUGAUGAUCUGGAUCGUUAUGGUAAACUACCAAUGGAUCCAUUAUUCAAGGAGCAAUGGUAUCUAAGGAAUACAGGACAAAAUGGUGGUAAACCAAAGUUGGAUUUGAAUGUACGAGCCGCUUGGGCUCAAGGAGUAUCAGGCAAGAACGUAACUACGGCUAUAAUGGACGACGGAGUGGAUUACACACACGAAGAUCUGAAAUAUAAUUACAACGCACGGGCUAGUUACGAUUUCAGUUCUAAUGAUCCAUAUCCAUAUCCGAGGUAUACCGAUGAUUGGUUCAACAGCCAUGGUACACGUUGUGCCGGGGAAGUGGCAGCUGCACGUGAUAAUGGUGUUUGUGGUACCGGUGUGGCAUAUGACUCAAAAAUUGCCGGGAUCCGGAUGCUGGACCAACCAUACAUGACAGAUCUUAUAGAAGCGAAUAGCAUGGGACACGAACCGGAUUUAAUUGAUAUUUAUAGUGCUUCUUGGGGACCAACAGACGAUGGACGAACAGUUGACGGGCCACGUAACGCUACUAUGCGAGCUAUAGUCCGGGGUGUCAAUGAAGGUCGUCGUGGAAAGGGUAAUAUAUACGUAUGGGCAAGUGGUGAUGGUGGAGAGGCUGAUGACUGUAAUUGUGAUGGAUAUGCUGCUAGUAUGUGGACGAUAUCAAUAAAUUCAGCUAUAAACGAUGGACAGAAUGCUCAUUAUGACGAAAGUUGUUCAAGCACACUGGCUUCAACAUUUAGCAAUGGAGCAAAAGAUCCUAAUACUGGAGUAGCAACUACAGACUUGUAUGGCAAAUGUACUAAAUCUCACAGUGGCACAUCAGCUGCUGCACCAGAAGCUGCAGGCGUGUUCGCUUUAGCCUUGGAAGCAAACCCCGAUUUGACUUGGAGAGAUAUACAACAUUUGACCGUAUUGACUUCAAAACGAAAUUCUUUAUUUGAUGCCAAGCAUAGAUUUCAAUGGACAAUGAACGGUGUUGGCUUAGAAUUUAAUCAUUUGUUUGGAUUUGGAGUUCUUGACGCUGGAGGAAUGGUCUCCCUUGCUCGACAGUGGCAUACUGUACCCGCUAGAUAUCAUUGUCAAGGAGGAUCACAUACAAAAAUCAGGAAAUUUACAUCUAAGUCAGGCAUUAUAUUGAAAUUGAACACUGAUGCAUGCCGUGGAACCGAUACCCAUGUCAAAUACCUGGAACACGUACAGGCUGUAAUUACACUCAAUUCUACAAGACGUGGUGAUGUUGAACUUUUUUUGACAUCUCCAAUGGGUACAAGGUCGAUGAUAUUAAGUAGAAGGCCUAAUGAUGAUGACCGUAGAGAUGGAUUUACAAAAUGGCCAUUUAUGACAACACAUACAUGGGGUGAAUAUCCGUGGGGUGAAUGGAUACUUGAGGCGAAAUUCAACACACCGAAUCAGUUUUCGCAGCAAUCCGCUAACGGCGGCGGCGGGACACAGACGAACUCUGUACAGGGGUCUAAGACGGAUUCCACGAUGGCAGCUAAUGAUUCGGAAGCAAACGGGGACGGGUCAUCGGCAGAUCGUGAUACGGGCGAAGAAGAGGGAGACGGCAACGAUUAUGAAACGGUGCACACGGGUUUCCUGAAGGAAUGGACCCUAAUGCUGCAUGGUACCCGGGAACCGCCGUACAGCCAACUGUCCGUCCGAGAUCCACAUUCCAAACUGGCAAUCGUCAAGAAAGCGCACACCAUAGCUGGGCCUGACACUACAGGAUCUCCGCAGAAGCAGAGCGCAUAUUAGAUUUAAAGAAGCGGAAAUUAAAACACCAAUGAAUAAUUAUCACUAUAUGGAACUAUCGCGAUUGUCGUUUACAAACAUAAUAUACCUAUAAUUAUUAAUCUAUUACUAUGAUAUAUACAUACAUAUAUAUUAUAUUAUAUUAUAUUAUUACGACUCCCCCAACCACAGUCCCCGAUAUUAUAUUAUAUUGUCACUGUGACGCGUAGACGUAUUAUAUAUUAUAUUAUGUUAUAUUUUUCAAAGAAUCUAUUCCCAUAUUAUAUUAUAUUUGAUUUUAUCUUCAAAUUAUUUACUCCGAUUUAAAAAAAAUAAUAAUAUAUAUAUAUAUUUAUCAUUAGAUUAUUAUUAACAAUUGUCCUACUAUAUCACACUAUAUAAUUUUCAUCGAAAUAUACGUAUAUAUUAUAGCCUCAGUAAUUCUAGUCUGAGAUAACGCCAAAUAAGUAUUAAUGUAAUUAUACAUAUAUAAUAAAUAAUAUAUAUAUAUGUAUAAUUUAGAAUAUAUUUUUAGGAAGUAAAUAUUAUCGUAUUAUUAUAAGUACCUACCUAUAGAUAGGUAGCUAAUGCCUAUCAAUAUACACGGUAUAUUAUAUUUGUUUUUGUUAUCCUUAUAGGUACUAUCCCAUUCAUAAUAGUAUUAUACAUAUUUAUAUUUUAGGUACUAUAUUAUAUAUUAUAUUAUAGAUACCUACUUUUAAGUAUAGACAUUGGACCAAUCGAGUGUCUAAGUCUUUUUAUUUUAUAAAGUAAACAACUUCACCAGUUCCAUUUAUUUCAAAAACAAGUAUACUCGUAUUAUAUAUAUACAUAUAUGAAGUAUUUAUUAUACUAAUACUACGUACUUAUCACAAUAGCAGAAUUAAUAAUUAUUAUUCAUUGUUGUAUCUAUUUCAGUAUUUCACUAUAUGAUUACGAAAGAUUUAUUGUUAAAUAAUAUCUUGACAAUUUUUCAACUAAAUAAUUAACACUUUAACACUAUAAUAUGUACCUACCUAUUAUAUUUUAUCAUUAGUUUUUAAUUUUAGUAAAAACAACAAUUUAAAAUGAUUUAAAUGGUUGAACUAUGUAAUUAUUACAAAAUUGUGCCGUGUUGAUUCAUUGGUCGAUUACAUUGCAGUGUCAGCGCUUGACUUGGAAAAAAAUAGUAAAGGUACCUACUCUGAUGAGUGAUGAAUAGAACUCGGCAGAUGUUAAUUCGAUUAAAAUUACUUGGAUAUUAUGAAUACAUUAUUUACAUUUAAAACGAUAAA